UGGGCGGAAGCGGAAGCACAGCUGUGUGCUCACUGAGUGUCUUCCUCCUGUCAGCUGCCCAGUGCCUAUAGGUGCAGAGAAAUGGCCGCUCAGCUGAACCCGAUACCUCCCCAGUUCAAGUCCCUGCAGCAUCACCUGAGGACAGCUCAGGAGCAUGACAAGCGGGACCCGGUGGUGGCUUAUUACUGCCGGUUAUACGCUAUGCAAACUGGAAUGAAGAUUGAUAGCAAGAGUCCAGAAUGUCGUAAAUUCCUGUCAAAGCUUAUGGAUCAGUUAGAAACUCAAAAGAAGCAGCUUGGCGACUGCGACUCCAUUACUCAGGAAAUUGUUGGCAGUGCCCAUGUGGAGAAUUAUGCCCUGAAAAUGUUCCUGUAUGCAGACAAUGAGGACAGAGCGGGGAGCUUUCACAAGAACAUGAUAAAGUCUUUCUACACAGCUAGUCUUCUGCUUGACACGUUAAGUGUAUUUGGUGAACUCACUGAAGAGAACUUUCAGCACAGAAAAUAUGCCAGAUGGAAGGCCACAUACAUUCACAAUUGUUUAAAGAGUGGGAUGACUCCUGAAUCUGGACCCGUCGGAUUUGAAGGCGAAAACUAUGAUGAAUAUGAUGAAGAGACAUCAUCUGCAAGCAAUCUAGACCCUGAAAGGUCAUCAUCCACAUACCAACCAGGAAACAUGUCAACUUCUAACUACACUGGAAUCCAGAUCCCUCCUGGUGCACAUGCUCCAGCCAACACACCGGCAGAGGUACCUCACAAUACUGGUGUAGCAAGCAAUGCCGAUGUUCAUCCUUCACCGCAAAAUAUACCCUCUGUAGACCCAUCACUGUACAAUGCACAACCACAAGGGGAAGCUCGAUUGACUCCUGAAGACUUUGCCAGGGCUCAGAAAUACUGCAAAUAUGCAGGUAGUGCUUUACAGUAUGAAGAUGUAGACACUGCCGUAGAGAACCUCCAGAAAGCCUUGAAGCUGCUCACUAGUGGCAAAGAAUGAUGAUACCAUGUUCUCCAUCCGGCCUGCAGGAACACUAUACAGUAAUUCCACACGUGCUGUGAUACCCCUGGUCUUGUGGAUUAAACGCCAAUGAUGACUUCAAUUUUUUUAUCCUCUGAGAGCGUUGCUUAAAAUUGGUAUUUCUAAGUCGGCAAUUACAUGAUGCUAAAACAUUAAAAAGUUUACAUAAA